AUGUCUAAAAAAUUAGAAUUACAAACCAAAAUCAAAUCUCUUGAAGAAUAUAUUCAAACCAGCCAUAGAUAAAUUAUAUCCCCCACUGAUAACACUUGCAGAAUUCUAAAGAUCUAUUUCAAAUAAUACUUUAGUUUUAAAUUUAAUCCUUAUUUCAAUUGUUGA